AGGUAUCCUGAAAAUGGGCGAAUCAAACGGAACAGACCAGGAAAGUUCCUUUCCUUCGGGAACUAUUGCGAAGCUGACAUGUGAUAUUCUCAACAACACGUUCUAUAACAUUAUCCAUGACAUAGUGUCAAAAGUCCAUCGGGAUGAAAAGAUCGCUCGAAUGCGCUCUGCUGUCACAAUUGCUAGGCAGAAAGCCGAAGAAGAAGCAGGAAGGCGCCGAGAAGAAGCAGGUGCCAAGCCCACUGCGUUAAAACCGGGCGAAGAUUUUGAAGAACUCAAGGACAUCCGCGUUGAGACUGAUGGUGCCAUUUUUGAAGAUGGGAAGGUUUAUCUCAAGGGAAACCCACUUAAUACUACCAAAGAAAUAAUCUGCCCCGACUGCCGAUUGCCACGUCUACUUUAUCCUGUGACUGGGCUGGGAGCCCGGCCCCCUCCGGAUCCAUAUCGAGAAUAUUGUCAAAAGCAACCAAUGAUCAGCAAACCAGGGCAUGAUGUUCAUGGGAAUCCGUUUGCUACGGACAAACUGAAUCCCAAGAAGAAGAAACAGACCAACACUUCAAAUACGCCAGCGUCCAGCCCGCCUACAACGCCGGAUAGCUCCUUUAAGCAAGCGGCUCCAGAGAAAGUAUCAUUUCCGACAGUCAAGUGCCCUAAUUGCCCAAGGUACUUUGUUGUGACGCGAGUGGCACAGCACUUGGACCGAUGUCUCGGCCUAUCUGGCCGACAAGUCAAUCGAAACAAAACGCCCAUGGAAAAUGGUAGCAGUACCCCUACUUCUGCGCCGCCCAAACGUCCAUUAGAUGACGACACUCCGCCAACUAUAACGAAGAAAAAGAAACUCGGUGCUCCUAAAAAGCUUUCAGGGAAAAAGCCGCCACCGGCUCCCAGUAGCAAACUCAAGAAUGGUGUGACGCCUGACAUGGCGGCAGCCGCGGACGCUGCAGCCGCUGGUGACGGCGAUAUAAAAAGCGAACCGAAUGGCGACAACGCAUAG